UAGCCGUUGCAGAAAUCAUUUGCCCAAACUAGCCGUUAUAAACCCAACGGUCAUCAGACAGCUAACGCUACAAUUCCGUGUGUGUGUAUAUAUAACAUACACACUAACUCCGUUAUCAUCAACUCAUCUCUUCACUUCAAUCUCAUCCCAUYUCCGACCGCCUGCAAUCAAUUCGCCACCACCGUCGAUAGCCGGAAAACUCCAWUAAUUCAUACAAAAAUGGGUCUCUCAAGYGACGCUCAAUCUCACUACAAGACCCACAAAUUCUUCCUCAUCUGCAACUACAUCUUACUCGGCGCCGCCUCCAGUUGCAUCUUCCUAACUCUCUCCCUCCGCCUGUUCCCCUCCGUCGCCGGGGCACUCCUCGUCCUCCUCCACAUCGGCACAAUCGUCGGUGCCAUCUCAGGGUGCAACGCGGUGUCGGCAGGGUCAAACCGGUGGUACGCCGCCCACAUGGUGGCGACCGUCUUGACGGCUAUCUUCCAGGGAUCCGUAUCGGUUCUGAUAUUCACGACGACUUCGAAUUUCUUGGGGGCGUUGAAGUCGUACGUCAGGGAAGAYGAUGCGGCGGUGAUCUUGAAAAUGGCGGGGGGGCUCUGCGUAUUGAUGUUUUGCUUGGAAUGGUUGGUUCUGACGCUUGCUUUCUUCUUGAGAUACUAUGCGGUUAUGGAGGGUAGCCGGAACGGCGGGAAGGUUCAGGCGGAGGAUCCAAAGGGGUGGACACCGCCGUUCCAUGUUUAGAGAAGAAACUGAUGAUGAUCAAUCAAGAUUGAAGAAGAAGAAAGACAAAUUAAAUUCAUUUGUCUCUU